CUUCCUGUCAAAUAACAGACGAAGAUUAGAAUCAGCCAAUCAGAUGAAGAGAAGAAAAUACGUGUCCGGGCAAGUCCUUAGUGUCCACGUGCUGUUUCAGUUAAGCAGAAAUGACUGCAAGGCAACUUUCAUUGGUGUCUAAUGGCAGAGGCGUCAAAAAGGACUAAAGCUUCUUCGUGGGGGCUUCUCAGCAACUACCGAUAUUUGUGCAAAAAACCCAUGAUGAUCCGCGCCAUGGAGAGUGCAAGAGCCAAGAAGAAACGCCAGCAGAAGAUAAUGAUCGCUGACAUGAAGAGGAAAAGAACUGACAGCAACAAUGAACCGCUGGAUACAAAUAAACUGAUCAAAAAAAUGAAAUCAAGCGAUACAGAGCAGGAAAGUCAAAACACUCUGAACUCUGAAAACAAGAGCACCGAUGUAUCUAAAGCUGGACUUUCUGUGUCUAAAUCUGACCGGCAGAGCUUGGUCACAGCCCUCAGAGACAGCUGGGAGGUGGACAGCGGUUUCUGCUCCGAGGCCAGUCCUCCGGCCAGCGGGAGAAGUUCACCGUGCCUCAGCUCAUGUCCGACCACAGUGGUGGCGUUGGACUGUGAGAUGGUGGGGACGGGCCCCGGCGGGCGCCGCAGUGAACUGGCCCGCUGCAGCAUCCUGGAUUACCACGGCAACGUCCUGUAUGAUAAAUACAUUCGGCCUUGUCAGCUCGUCACUGACUUCAGGACUCGCUGGAGCGGCAUCCGGAGGCAUCACCUGCACAACGCCACGCCCUUCGCUCAGGCCAGAGAGGAGAUCCUCAGCAUACUUGAGGGCAAAGUGGUCGUGGGACACUCGAUCUACAAUGACUUUGAGGCGUUGGACAUGCUCCAUCCAAGUCACAUGGUCAGAGACACCUGUACGACGCGUUUCCUCAGCCGGUUGGCCGGCUUUCCCCGUGAACGCUGCCCCUCCCUGAAGAUCCUCGCCAAUAAGCUGCUGAACAGGAGGAUACAGGUCGGGAGGAGAGGUCACUGCUCGGUGGAGGACGCUCGGGCCGCCCUCGACCUCUACAAGCUGGUGGAGGGCGAGUGGGAGCAGGAGCUGCAGAACAAGCUGAGAGACGACGACGCGCCGCGCGAGCCCAGCUUCGCCGCCUCCAACCACUACAUGCAGGACGAGUACUGGCCGCACGACCUCAUAGCCGACGGCCAAUGAGAGGAGGGGAUUAAUGACAUAAUGUGAAAUACCUCAACAUGAUGGAAAAUAAGGUCUCUACUAUUACAUGGUGAUGUCAUCAGUCAUCAGAGAGGUUUUGAUAACAAAUAAUGUGAGUAAAACACAUUUUGACAGUAAAUCAAGACGGAAUAUAAAGUGUUGUAAGAAAUAAAUGCUAAAUAUGUAUUUUUUUUUGCGAGCGUGUGAUAAGAUGUACUGUAUCACUUUAAGGGAAAAUAACUUGAAUUGCUUGAAUUAAAACACUUAUUAAUUUAUUGAGUUUUAAACAUGUUAAACAUGGUUGGAGUUCUAGCAGCAUAUUUUAUGCUGUGAUAUCAGAUAUUUGACCGCAGAGUUGUCGGUCAUCAGUUUAGUUGUUACAGACUUGAUUAUAUUAAAGCAUGAAAAGCAUUGGUGCUCUUAAGUUGGAGGGGUUAUUAAUUUAUAAUGCGCAGCGUUUGGAGUUCUCUUAAAAGUAUCUGCUCUUAUUUUGAAAAGUGAAAUUUAACUGAUACCAGGUUAGGACGUGAGACUGAUCUCAUGACAGACAGAUGCAGCUAUUUUGGGAAAGACAACUUUAUUUUUUAGUUAAGUUUUUUUUUUUUUAAAUUUCUACGUUCACACACACACACACA